CUCGAAAGCCGCGUUCGUUUUAAAACAGGGGCGAUCCUGUGGAAUUCGGGCCCUGCCGGCGUCUGCCCGCCACGGUCCUGCGUGGGGGAAGGCGGCACUGCCAUGCGGGGAGCCCCUGGGCGGGAGCACCAUGCCCUUCCUGCACGGCUUCCGCAGGAUCAUCUUCGAGUACCAGCCCCUGGUGGACGAGAUCUUGGGGCUGCUGGCGCUGCGGGAUGCGAGGCAGAGCGCGCUUGAGAGCCCUGCCUGCCUGGGCAGCGACAGGAGCCAGCUCUCGGCUGUGAGGCGAGUUUUGGAGAGGGAGACCCACUCCCCGUUCUACCAGGAAGGCGUGAGCUAUGCCCUGCUGAAGGUCACCGAGCUGGGGCUCGUCGCCGCCGCAGAAAUCCUCCUGGAGUUCGGCGCCGACCUCAGCUUUGAAGGUACGGCUGGUGGGAAGGGGGCUGUGCGGGGCUGCUCCCUUCUCCCUUCUCCAAAAACACCGCGCUUUUUUUGCCCCCAGACCCCGUUACCUACUACACCCCGCUGCACAUCGCGGUGCUCCGCAACCAGCCGGACAUGGUGGAGCUGCUGGUGCGCCACGGGGCGGACAUCAACCGCAGAGACCGGAUCCAUGAGAGCAGUCCCCUUGAUCUGGCCAGCGAGGAGCCCGAGCGGCUGUCGUGCCUCCAGAGGCUGCUUCAGCUGGGGGCCGACGUCAACGCAGCCGACAAAAAACGGUCGGAAAGACAGCGUUGCUGCACGCCCUGGCCAGCAGCGACGGCGUCCAGAUCCACAACACCGAGAGCGUCCGUCUCCUGCUGGAAGGAGGUGCAGACGUCAGGGCCACCACCAAAGACGGCGACACCGUCUUCACCUACGUCAUCUUCCUGCUGGGCGAGGUGGCGUGCAGCAGCGCGGAGGAGGCGCGGGUGACAAACCGCUUCUGCUUCCGCGUCACCCAGCUGCUGCUGGCCCACGGUGCCAACCCCAGCGAGUGCCCGGCCCCCGAGUCCCUCACCCACCUGUGCCUCAGCAACUUCAAGCACCACUUCCCGCUCCUGCGCUUCCUGCUCGAGUCGGGCGCUGCCUACAACUGCUGCCUCCACGGCCCCGCCUGCUGGUCGGGCUUCCAGAUCGUCUUCGAGUGCCUCUGCUCUCACCUCAGUGGCUCCGAAGAUGACAGCUUCUACGCAGACCUCAUCCAGAAGGGGCAGACUCUGCUGGAGCUCAUGAUGGCCAGCUCACAAGCCGUCCGGCUGCCCAGCAACUUUGAGGUCAACACCAGCAGCUGCAGGUACCACGGGGAAAAGAUCAGGACUCUCUUCUGCUCCCUGAAGCAGCUGGAGCACACCCCCCAGGCACUGAAACAUCUCUGCAGGGUGUUUAUCCGGCAGCGCCUUAAGCCUUGGCCAGUAGACGUUAAAAUCAAGGCUCUACCUCUUCCGGACAGGCUGAAGUGGUACCUCCUCAUCGACCACGCUGCUGUUGGGCACGAGGACCUCUGAGCCUGGCUGGUGCCUCUCCGUCUCCCCUCUCCGCGGUCAUGGUGCCCGUGGCCGGCCAGCAGAUGACCUGCACCAGUUCUCCCUGCAGCCAGAGGUGCUGCCCUCCCCGCGCCCACGGGGCCUCCCGGCUGCGUUUCAGGGCUGUGCUUCUCUGUGCACGGUGCUGCACGCGCGUCCGUGGAGGCUCUGAAACGAA